AUGGGGCGUGGAGCUACUCACUUCCCCCCACCCAGCUACUCACUUCCCCCCACACAGCUACUCACUUCCCCCCACACAGCUACUCACUUCCCCCCACACAGCUACUCACUUCCCCCCACACAGCUACUCACUUCCCCCCACCCAGCUACUCACUUCCCCCCACCCAGCUACUCACUUCCCCCCACACAGCUACUCACUUCCCCCCACACAGCUACUCACUUCCCCCCACCCAGCUACUCACUUCCCCCCACACAGCUACUCACUUCCCCCCACCCAGCUACUGACUUCCCCCCACCCAGCUACUCACUUCCCCCCACCCAGCUACUUACUUCCCCCCACCUAGCUACUCACUUCCCCCCACCCAGCUACUCACUUCCCCCCACCCAGCUACUUACUUCCCCCCACACAGCUACUCACUUCCCCCCACACAGCUACUCACUUCCCCCCACCCAGCUACUCACUUCCCCCCACCCAGCUACUCACUUCCCCCCACCCAGCUACUCACUUCCCCCCACCCAGCUACUUACUUCCCCCCACCUAGCUACUCACUUCCCCCCACCCAGCUACUCACUUCCCCCCACCCAGCUACUCACUUCCCCCCACACAGCUACUCACUUCCCCCCACACAGCUACUCACUUCCCCCCACACAGCUACUCACUUCCCCCCACACAGCUACUCACUUCCCCCCACCCAGCUACUCACUUCCCCCCACCCAGCUACUCACUUCCCCCCACACAGCUACUCACUUCCCCCCACACAGCUACUCACUUCCCCCCACCCAGCUACUCACUUCCCCCCACACAGCUACUCACUUCCCCCCACACAGCUACUCACUUCCCCCCACACAGCUACUCACUUCCCCCCACCCAGCUACUCACUUCCCCCCACACAGCUACUCACUUCCCCCCACCCAGCUACUCACUUCCCCCCACCCAGCUACUCACUUCCCCCCGCACAGCUACUCACUUCCCCCCACCCAGCUACUCACUUCCCCCCACCCAGCUACUCACUUCCCCCCACACAGCUACUCACUUCCCCCCACACAGCUACUCACUUCCCCCCACCCAGCUACUCACUUCCCCCCACACAGCUACUCACUUCCCCCCACACAGCUACUCACUUCCCCCCACCCAGCUACUCACUUCCCCCCACCCAGCUACUCACUUCCCCCCACCCAGCAACUUACUUCCCCCCACCUAGCUACUCACUUCCCCCCACCCAGCUACUCACUUCCCCCCACCCAGCUACUUACUUCCCCCCACCUAGCUACUCACUUCCCCCCACACAGCUACUCACUUCCCCCCACACAGCUACUCACUUCCCCCCACCCAGCUACUCACUUCCCCCCACCCAGCUACUCACUUCCCCCCACCCAGCUACUCACUUCCCCCCACCCAGCUACUCACUUCCCCCCACCCAGCUACUCACUUCCCCCACCCAGCUACUCACUUCCCCCCACCCAGCAACUUACUUCCCCCCACCUAGCUACUCACUUCCCCCCACCCAGCUACUCACUUCCCCCCACCCAGCUACUUACUUCCCCCCACCUAGCUACUCACUUCCCCCCACCCAGCUACUCACUUCCCCCCACCCAGCUACUCACUUCCCCCCACACAGCUACUCACUUCCCCCCACACAGCUACUCACUUCCCCCCACCCAGCUACUGACUUCCCCCCACCCAGCUACUCACUUCCCCCCACCCAGCUACUUACUUCCCCCCACCUAG